CCUGUCAGGGUUAGAGGUUACGUGGCUUGGUGAAUCAGUGGGUUCGGGAGCGUGCUCUGGACUUGGUGGAAAAACUUCAAUUUCUCCCUCAACAAACCUAUCUGUAGCGUGCAGGCAUGGUCAUGGAAGACGGCAAAGAAGAGCGGACUCUGUGGGUCGGGAACCUCAGCUCUCAAGUCACGGAGGAGCUUCUUUAUGAGCUUUUUCUCCAGGCUGGUCCGCUUGUUGGAGUCAAAAUCCCUAUGGAUGCCAACACCGGCAAGCCUAGGAGCUACGCGUUCAUAGAGUUCAAACACGCUGUCUCCGUCCCCUACACCAUCGAACUGAUGAACGGCAUCCGGCUGCACGAGCAAUCGCUGCGCCUGCAGUGCCGCACCGGCUCCAAGCACGCCAGUCCCGCACAUGGCGGCGUGGACAGCCCCAACGCCACCCCCACCCACCAGCCACAGUUCGCCUCCCCCACCCCGCCCCAGCUCCAGAGGGCCUUCACCAUCCCCGCCAUGAACCCCCCACCCCAGGGGUUCAACCACCUGCUGGGGUUCCCCACCCCCAUGACCCCAGGGGCAGGCAUGAUGCCGUCCCCCAUGGGCUUGCCGAUGAUGAACCCUCACCAGAUGGCACAACAGAUGCAAAGAACGCCGAUGAAUCAACAGAUGCAGAUGAGCCACCACAGGUCAAACUACAACAACAUGGGCAAUCGGAACGACUACAGUCCCAUGGACACCCCUCACAGGGGAUCCAGGGACAGAGACCACAGAGACCAGCGGGGCUGGGGAAGGGAUUCGGACUACCGUGGGGGGAGGGACGCAGAUUAUCGUGACCGCAGCAGGGACAGAGAUAACAGGAGAGAUAGCAGACACUAUCAGCACAGGAGAUAGGGCUUUUGUUGUGUGGUUCCCUGAGAUUCUUUGAAGAUAUGGACAAUAGAUUGUUUUUCAACAUAAAGGACAUGGACUUUUUUUUACUGCAUUUCUGGCUUGAUUACUUUUCUCUCUGUAGAGAGAUGGGGAUAAAAACUAGUUUUAAAGUGAACAACCUUUUUUCGUGUGAGGGGAUUAUAUUAAGGCAAACAUUGCUCAUUGUUAAUCUCCAGCCAUACUUUGUGAAUGGUUUUACUCAAGUUUUUUUACACAGUGGAUCAUUAGCAUUGCUUUGGGCCUCCAGGCAAUUUACAAAUAUGUCUUAUGUCCCUAAGAAAGGUUUUACUAAGAGAGGCAAUAACUACAUGGUUGAUCCAUCCGGUGAUGUUUUAUUUUGUUUUUUAAAUCCAUUUUCUGUGUACAUAUUGGCUUUUACUACUAACAAUGUACAUACAUGUAUUUGAUUUGAUUGUUCAAGUUACUUGUACUAAUCUAAGUUUAGUGUUGUCAUAGAUAGGUUUCACACUUUUGUAGCAACUGUGCAAUGGUGGGGAUGUUAGCUGCGCAACAAAAGAUCUUAUAGUUAUACACACAUAACCGGUUACUUAAAAACUAUUACAGCACAUGUUUUAUAUCUUGGAUCAUUCAACCAUUUCCAUCUAGAGUAAACUGAAACUGAAACUACAUCACAUGGACAUUAAAUAUGACGGUUUUUGCUCUGUCCA